AUGGUAAAGCAAUUGAAAAAUGACCAUAAAACAACGGCAACUUCAUUGCUUGUUGCUGCUCAUUGUUCAACAAUACGACGUAAGGCAGAUCGUAUUAAUACAGAAGAAUUGUCAGCUAUGUUAAAUGAUCUUUUUCGUGAAUUAUAUUUUAACUCAGUAAAUUCUACAGCAUAUUUAAGCUCUUUACAUCAAAUAGUUCAUUCAUUAAAUUCUACUUCAAUACCUUCAUUAAAAUCCGUACAUUCACAUGUUUUUUUUCUUCUCGUACGUAAUACAAUACAAAGUCUUUUACAAAAAUUAUAUACAUUAUAUCAAUUAGAUGAUCAAGAAAUAUCUAUUUUACGUAAUUGUAUUAUAUUACUUGAAUAUUUAGUUAAAAAUGUUGAUGAUAUAUCAAUAAUUUUACAUUGGAUAGCUGAUGUAACAUUUACUGAUUCAUUAGUAAUAUGUUUAUAUCAAAUAAAUAAGAUAUCAAAUGCAAGUAACAGUAAACGUUUAAUAAAACAAAUAGGACAUUUAAUAAAUAUGUUUUCACGUGUACAAGAACGUUUGCCAUGGAAAUUACAUCAAAGUUUAUUUGUUCGAUUACUUCAACCAACUAUUGAUUGUUUAACAUCAACUACUUAUGUACAAUUAUUUACAGAUUUAAAACCGAACUCAACUUCAUUAACAGAAUUACAAAAAUUAUUUCUUAUUAAAUGUCCUUAUUUUCUUGAAACUUAUAAUGGUCCACAAAUGGAAAAAACGAUUGAACAAGUUUUACAAAUAAUGUUACCAAGUUAUGUAUCAAUACUUGAUAAACAUAUUAAAAAAAUAAAAGAAUGGCAUCGUCCAAUGAUGCGUUCUAUUCGUCAUCUUCUUACAACUUUAAGUCUUGCUGAAGGUUGUUUUACAUUACAUUUAAAUAAUGAAUCAAUUCGAUCAUUAAUUAAUCAUCUUUUAUGUCUUAUUACUGAACCUAUAUUAAUUAAAAAAAUACAUAAUACUCUAGAAAAUCAAGAAACAUUAUUAAUUGAUAUAACACUUGUUGUUUUGGGCGUAUUAAUUUAUGAACCUGAUGCACUUGAUUAUAUUAAAAAAUGUAAACCAGCGAGAAUAUUUCGAGCAUUAACAUCAACAUCUUGUGAAAAUAUUGUUUUCAAUGCUUAUCUUAUGCUUGCUUAUAUAAUGGAUGAAAAUGAUAUUAAAGAAUUAAAUAUUAAUUUAUCUCGAUUGACUUUUAGUAUACUUAACUUAUUACAUAAUGCAGUUGAAUCUUAUAAUAAAACUGACGUUGAUGAUAAUAUUAAUAAAAAAAAUACCAAUCGAAAAAUAACACAACUUGCUGAAAUAUUAAAAAAUUUGAUACAAUAUGAACAAGUUAAAAGUGAAAUAUUAAAUCAAAAUGCAUUACGAUUUUUAAUUGAAUGUAGUCAACAAUUUAAUGGAUUAUCAAAACAAUUUUUUCUUGAAUGUCUAUGGACAUUGUCAUUUAGUGAAGAAAUAUUACAACGAAUGCGUCAAAAUUCAGAAUUUAUUUCGGCAUUAAAAGAUAUUCCAAAACCUAUUAUGAGUGAUUAUCAAGAAAAUAAUCUUCGUCAUUCGAAUAGUUUUAGUCGUCAAUGUCGUAAUGAUACGAUGAGUUCAUCUGAUGACAUAGUAAAUAAUGAAAUAUAUAAAAUGGCUGAUGGACUUCUUUGGAAUAUUGUAACAGAAUCUGAAUUUCGAGAAAAAGAACAAAAAUCAAUCGAUGAAACAAAAAAUGCUGAUGAUCAGAAUUUAAAAUAUGAUAUAAUGAUUUCAUAUUGUUAUGAUGAUAAAGACUUAGUUUAUGAAAUUCACGAAUUUCUUGCUAAUGAAGGUUAUAACAUCUGGUUCGAACGCAAUAAUUCUCAUGGGAAAACUAUUGAAACUCAAGCGGAAGCAAUUGAUAAUUCCACAUUAGUUAUUCUUUGUGUAUCAAAUUCAUAUAAACGAGAUAAUCAAUGUCAAGCUGUAGCUAGAUAUGCAUUUAAUUGUAAACAAUUUAUUCUUCCAUUAAUCGUACGUAAAGGAUACACAAUUGGUGGAUGGUUAAAUGUCAUAACCAACAAAUAUAAGCCUAUUAAUUUUGUUGUAUCUAAUUUCAAGGUGGCUUCUUCAUUGCUUAUUCAAGAAAUUAAUCGACAUGUAAAACAGAAAUUACUCGAUGUUAAAGCAGUGGCAAUAACACCAAUCAAAGUUGAACAAACUGUUCAUUCGUCCACACCUAUUCGUUUAGAUCAACAACAAAAACCAUUGGAACAUGUUAUUUCAAGAUCAAUAACACCAGGUAAUGAUUCUGUUACGGUUGAAACAUCACAAAAACCUCCAAUUCAUCCGAAUUCAAGACCAAUAACACCAGGUCGUGAUUCUACUACUGGUGGAGCAUUCCAAAAACCUUCAGUUCAUCCCAAUUCAAGACCAACAACACCAGGUAUGAUAUCUAGUGGAUCAAUAUCUUCGUUUAUAAAUAUAAAUGAUAAAAUCAAUUUUCCUGGAGAAUUUAUAAAACGUGAUACAAGUGAUUCGACAUAUCGUUCAAUGCCAAUAAAUAAUUGGAAAAGAAAAGAAAUACUUGAUUUUUUAUAUGAUUCUAAUCUUCAUUUAAUUAUGCCAAUAUGUGAAUCAAUGACAGGUCAUGCAUUAAUACGAUUCUUUCGAAUGUGUCAACGAAAGCCUAGCCGUCUUUAUAGUCAAUUAAAUCAUGAAUUACGUUGUCGUUUUAAAGGUGUAACUUUACCGAUGGGUGUUUACGCACGAUUUCUAACGGAAAUAGACAAUUUACUUGAUUCAAUAUGUGAAACACAUUCUACAUCAUCUCGUUCAUCUCGUUCACCAUUAAAACAUGUUCAACAACAAGCAUAUAUACCUAAUAGAACUCAAUCACAGCCAUCACCAAUACAAAACAAUCUUAUGGUAUCGACGCGUUCUUCAGUAACAUCUAAUCAAACGCAGACUUCUAUACCAAUUGUAACAAGACAAGCUAUUGAACGAACUAUUUUUCGACCACCACCUAUUACCGAUCAACCAUAUGGCUUUACUGUUGACUCUAUUGAAGACCCAACUAAAUUACUUGAACAAUUUGAACGUUUUGGACAUCAACUAUUUGUACUUCGUGAACAGAGCACAUGGAGAUCGUGA